AAUAAACCCUGAAAAAAAGUAGAAGAAGAAGCAGAAGAAGAAGGAGAAGAAGAGAAACAGGCCGCAGAAAUGGAAGACUUCGCUUCAAAGCAGGUGACUGAAAACCUCGAUGAACCGCCCAACAGCCGACUGUUCAUCGUCACAUGUCGGUCCAUGUCCGAGGAUGUGAUAAAGGACACAUUCGCCGUGUUCGGGGACAUCCAGGCGGUUUGGGUGGUGAAGGACAAGCAGACCAAGGAGUCGAAAGGCGUCUCCUAUGUGAAGUUCGCCAAGUCCUCCCAGGCCUGCCUGGCCAUGGAGGAAAUGCACGGAAAAGUCGUGAUCGAGGGAACUAAACCCAUAAAGGUGUUUAUUGCCCAGUCCAGGUCAUCUGGAAGACACCGGGACGUUGAGGAUGAGGAGCUGACCAGGAUCUUCGUCAUGAUCCCUAAAACCUUCACGGAAGAUGACCUGAAGGAAACGUUUAAAGAGUACGGCGAUAUUGAGUAUUGUGUCAUCAUAAAGAAUAAGUUCACUGGAGAAAGUAAAGGUCUGGGCUAUGUCAGAUACUACAAGCCAUCCCAGGCGGCCAUGGCCAUAGAAAAUUGUGACCGAGGUUACAGGGCCAUCCUGGCUGAACCCCGCAGCAAAACAAACUCUGCCGAAGGAGAGUACGCUGGAGGAGGAGGCGGAGGAGGAGGAGGAGGCGCCGGCGCCGGCGCCAGGUUUGACCAACACGGGGGCGACAACAUGAACCCCUACCCAUUCGCCCCCAUGGGAGCUGACCCCGGCAACUACCAAAUGGCAGACUACCGCUCCAGUGAUGUCAUGACCCGCUGCCUGAUGCUGUCGUCGCGGGCGGCGGUCACCCAGGAGCAGGUGUACGCUCUGUUCGACAUCAUCCCCGGCAUGGACUACUGCGAGCUGCAGAGAGACGCCUACGGCCUCAGCAAAGGUCACGCUGUUAUUCGCUACAAUAAUCUUGGCUCGGCGGUCUAUGCCAAAGAGAAACUCAGUGGAUUUGAGUAUCCCCCCGGCAACCGGCUGGCGUUGUCCUUCAUCGAUGAUGGAGACGAUCGCAACAGCCCUGUAGGCAGAAUGGCCAUGCAGUUUGUGGCUGCUCAGAUGAUGUCCACGCUCUGGAACGGUCCCUCUGGCAACCAGUUACUGAAAACCGCCACGAGCUUCCCUGGAGCCCCUGCAGCGCCACGCAUCCAGGCGGACCUCUCUUUGCCCGCCAUAAAGAAACUGGCACCCCAGGACAGCAAGGUGAAGGAGCGCUUGUUCGUGGUGUUCAGCCCCUCCCCUCUGUCCAUGGACGUCCUCGAAGAUGUCUUUUGUCGAUACGGCUCUCUAAUCGAGGUUCAUCUGGUCCCUGGGAGGAAGGUUGGAUACAUGAAGUAUGCUGACAAACAGUGUGCGGACGAUGCCAUGGCGGCGCUCCAUGGCCACAUGGUGAACGGCGUGAGGAUGAAGGUGAUGCUGGCCGACCCCCCAAGAGAGGAGUCGCACAAACGGCCCCGCACCUACUAGGACACUCUCCUGCUCCAGCUCAUAGCCUGAGGAGACUGUUGUCAUGACACAGUGACACACCUGACCUGACCGACCGACACCUGGACCUUCUCCUGACCCGACCUUUGACCUCUGUCUGACCAUUUCCAGUGACCUGUCAUGUCAUACCUAGGCUGUGACAUAUCUGUGACCAAAGCCAACGUUUUUUUGUGAGACGAUUCACACGUUGUGCUCAAAGACUCAUGUUAUUAGAACUAGAAGACUAGAGAACAGGGUCUCGACUUACCCCACUACCAGAGUAAUUAAUCCAUAACAAAUGUUCAGAUCAAGUUAGCGGUGCACAGAACUACUUACUCAUAAAUUGCCGUAUCUUUAUUGGUAAAAUAAAGUAUUUCAAAAGAAUGAUUUUAAGUUUACAAACUUUGUUUGUAAAGGUGUAGUGUAUAUACUCUAAAUUACAUCAUUUUAGGAGUUUGAGUUGUGUUCAAUUUUAGUUCAGAUGAAUGUUUUACAAGUCUUCUCGUUUAGUUUUGAAGGUAUGUUCUUGCAAAAUAAACAGAUAACCCUUACCUGCUUGUCCGGUCAUAUUUUUUUGUUAUACACACUUGAAAAGGAACAAUUCCAUGCAGACUUCCAGUAUUCAUUAAACAGCCACCCACAUCAAAUAUUGAGAGCCCUGCUGUUUAUUUACUGUGGCUUUCUCCAGUGAAGACCCAUUACUGAACAUGAGAAACAGUGAUAUGAAUGAUGAUAUACUUACCUUAAUAAAAUGCUAAAAAGAUAUUUAUUUUUUAGAUAUGCAGUACACUGAGUUGCACUAAAUGGAAUGAGCCAUGGUUGUAUAUCCGGACAGUAGAUGCUGGUAGCUAGUCAAGCACAAUUCCCGAAUGACAGUCAUGGUUGAACGGUAUUUGCACUUAAUCUUCAUGUGGGAAAAGGCUGACUUUCAUUAGUAGAGCCAAAUAAUGCAGUUAAGGCACAUUUCCUGUUAGAAUACUUUUCCUUUAAGUUUGAAAAUUGACUGAGCCUUAUCAUCUUGUACUAUAUAAAUAUUCAACCCUGCAGAUGUGUUCAGGUGAUGUGCUGCAUUUUGAAUCAACCUCAACAUCUAUCCUACAUGGGUAGCACAUAUGUAGCGAUUGGCUUGAGUAAAGCAAAGUCUUAACAGUUUGUCAAAUACCAAAUACGAAACAUGGGGAAUGUGAUCUAGGGAAAAGUCUUGUGCCAGAGCCAAAGAUUGAUUGUGUUGAAAGUCUUGAACACUUUGAUUAAGAAAACAAGGUUUGCCCAAAAUUUAAAAUGAAAUUGAAAUUAAUCCCACACAUUAAAUGUACAAUCUUUAUUUUUUUUUCUAGCUUGUAAUUCAUGAGCACGCUUAUUUACAAUGUUGGGCUGGUCAACAGUGACAUUUGUAAUUUGUUCCACUACAUGCCAUGGAUAACGUUUAGUUUCCAAAACUGCACUUCAAUUAAUCAAGGAUUCGAAAAGAAAUUAAAUAGCGAAGAUUCAAGAAUCAGUUUAACAUUUCCAAUUAUUUUUAAAGCUUUAUUCCUAUUUUCAAAAAUAGAAUUCAAACCAAGUUUGUCAAUAUUCAUUACAUCCUGGGAGUGGCUUGUUAACAAGUAGUAAAGCACAUCCACUACAUAACUCAAGUCACCUUCAAUUGUCCAAUUAAAAUCAAUAAAAGCUACAGUCAAGAGCGAUUAUUUGAUAAUCUGGCUGGCCUUUGUACACCCCAAUCAGUCCAACUUUUGCAAUAAAGCCAAGUUGUUUAAUGGUUUGGGAGACAUGGGUCAGGAGACCAGCUGCUGGGAAACAAAGACAGGGCCGAGACGGGAUGUCAUCAUACAAUCAGGCUUUAUUGGAGUCUCUGAAUUUAAAAUUACUGGAACAUUGUCAAGUGCAUGUGGUGGCACUCCCUACUAACUUCCUGUUUGUACCCGGUCAGUCCAAUUGUUAUCCUCAAUUAAGUCAGUCCGUCUAGUGAUACAAUGUGGUCGUUGUGCACCUGUCCCCGUCAGUCAGUCCCAUG